CGGGGCACGCGCGGAGCGGCCGGCGAGACGCGAGCGCAAAGGGGCGGCGGGGCGCGCAGGCGCAGACGGGGCGGCCGCAGCCUGAGCAGGGAACGUCUGUCGGUCGGUCGGGGCCGGGCAGGGCCGGGCGCGCCGACGGGAUGGACGAGGACGUGCUGACCACGCUGAAGAUUCUCAUUAUCGGCGAGAGCGGCGUCGGCAAGUCCAGCCUUCUGCUGCGAUUCACAGAUGACACAUUUGACCCAGAACUUGCAGCAACAAUCGGUGUGGACUUCAAGGUGAAAACUAUUUCAGUUGAUGGAAACAAAGCUAAACUAGCAAUAUGGGAUACUGCGGGUCAGGAGCGGUUCAGAACACUAACACCCAGUUACUAUAGAGGUGCACAGGGUGUUAUUCUAGUUUAUGAUGUUACAAGAAGAGAUACUUUUGUCAAGCUGGAUAACUGGUUAAAUGAACUGGAAACAUACUGCACAAGGAAUGACAUAGUGAAAAUGCUUGUUGGAAACAAGAUUGAUAAGGAAAACCGUGAAGUUGACAGAAACGAAGGUCUCAAAUUUGCAAGAAAACAUUCCAUGUUGUUCAUAGAGGCAAGUGCAAAAACGUGCGAUGGUGUACAGUGUGCCUUUGAAGAACUUGUUGAAAAAAUCAUUCAGACUCCUGGACUGUGGGAGAGUGAGAGCCAAAACAAAGGUGUAAAAUUAUCAAACAAGGAAGAAGGACAUGGAGGAGGCGCUUGUGGUGGAUAUUGUUCUAUGUUAUAAACUUUGGGAGGCUUAUUCUUUGCAUAUUUAAACAGAUAGUGACAUCUUUCUGUAAAUAAAUCCAUUAAAUGCUAUUUUUAGGGACCUUGCAGUUUGCACAUACUUGUUUUGUAUCAUGGCAGUGAACACUUGUAGGAAAAAUGUUCUGCAGCUUUCCCAGUUUGAGAAUGUUAUGGUAAGCAUGCCCAAUUUGCCAUCUUCAGGUUUUUAUAAAGUAGCAUAAAUAAUGUGCAGGAACAAAUGCACUAAAAGUUUUAUGACUAUAUACAUCCAUCAUGUAAGUAUUCUAAACAGAUCCAUCUAACACAUGCACAUUACUACAUUGUCUGCUUUCUGUCUCAUUUUUAAAUACUCUGAAAUUAUAGAACUACGUAGUGUACACAGACCUUGAAAACAGUGUAAGCUAAAAUGUUACAUUUCAUCUCUUCUAGUAGAUGCUUUUUUGAUAUUAAAAACACUAUUAUACAGUUCUUAGGUAAAUGCUGAAUUUUUAUUUCAGCUGAGCUGUCAAAAAUACAAAUUGGCACAGGCCAUAAUUGAUAUCAGCACCUUCUGGAAGAGAUGCCUUGAAAGCUUCCUUUGCAAAGCUGAGGGAUGCCCUUUUUUCUUUUUAAUCAUCACUUCAGUUGAUGGCUUAACUGGAGUUUUAAUCCUGUGAUAUUUAUAUACUAAAUUUGUGGUACUCUUGCACUCUAGGUUUUUAUGAUGCAGUCUACUCUAGGCCUGCUGUAGAAAGUCUUCAUUUUUGGCAAGGAGUCUAAAUGACAUCUUUGUUCUUUCAUUGUGAAUCAGUUUGCCACUCUUCAGUACAGAUGCCUCAUUUUCUUAAAUGUUUAUAACUAUCUCAAACUGUAGCUCACUAUGGCUGUGAAGAUCUGUAUUAUGUCUGCUUUGUGUGGCUACCUGUUUGGAAAUAUAACUUCCUAUCACAAACACUAAAUGGGAAGCUCUGGGGCUACUGUAUGGAAAAUACUAUUACAAUGAGUAUUCACUUAAAUUAACUGUAUCAAAGCCAAUGGUUUGUUUCAGAAGACUUGUAUAGACUAAUAAAUUUUUUUUCCACAGUAUUCAACUUUUCUAACCUCUUUCUAUUGUAGAGUUGUAUAUUUUCUAGCACAUGCAAUUUAAACAAGGUCAUUUCUUACAGAGCAAUUAUUUCUGAUUUGUGAAGGACAAGACAAGGAUGCUGUGUUGAUUUUUAUUUUUUUAAUAAUCACUAUAGUGCAAUCAGUAACCGAACUGUUGGGCAACUUCUUGUAAAUAUAGUGAAUGACUGCCUUUUCUUACUGCAAGGUUUUGUGUACAUGUCAGCAUACAUGAUCUGUAUUUUGCAGCAGAUCUUGGCUGCUUCUGUUAAAAUACACUUUUCUUCACAUGGAAACUGCUUUCUAUUCUGUUUUACACUUGCUUGAAGACAAUAUCAAAAUUUGGAGAUUUAACCACACUAGUUGUUUUUACCAAAUAUUGUAUCUAUAGUAUUGUUGAUGUAGUAAGAUAAUUUAAAUAUGUAAAUGUAAUUGUUAUUAAAUACACAUACAUAUUAUAUUGAAGUGUUAGAUUUGUAUUACUGUUUCAUGAUGUGGAAUGUGGGCUGAGCACAUCUUAAUAUUAGUGUUGAGGUCACUGGUUCUUGUUUUGGGUAGGUUAGUAGCAGUGGAGACCUGUAGAAGCAUUAAAGCUCUGAAUAACUUAUUUU